GGCAGGCCACAGCGCCACGAUGGCAUCCAAUACGCCAAAGCGCGACGUCCCUGCGCCAGAGUGGAAGGCUGACGUGCCUGCUUGGGAGAGGCUCGUAUCCCUCGUGACGACGCCCGGCACAGGGCAGGUUCGCCUCUGCUACUUGCUUCGGUCUCACUAUGGCCCGCUGCUCGGAUCGCUCCCACGCCGCGCAGGUGCGCCGAGGCCUCAAGCCGGGCGAGCGGCGCAGCUGGAGCGACCCGCAGCUGUGGACCCAUGUGGCUUUUGUGCCUGGCAUCCUCGUCGCGGCGACCCGCGCCGCGCCGCUGCCGGAGCUGGUCGCAAUACAGAGCGCCGUGCUCUCGCUCUCGCUGCUCUACCACUGGAACUACGAGCGACCCGGGCUGCUGGCGCAGGGUGAGGGGCUGAGCGCCAAGCUGCUCUUCCUGUACGGGGCGGCGCAGACGCUGCGCAGCCCCGACGCGGCGCUCCUCGCCGCAAACAGCGGCUGCUUCGCCCUCACCCUCGGCGCCUUUGUCGUCACCAACUUCGACAAGCGGCUGUACGAGCGGUGGCACCCGUGGGGGCUGCACGUCGUGCCCGGCGUCUGGUCGACGCUGGUGGCGCUGCACAACGCGCCGCUCCUCCCGGCGGCGCUGGUGCCAAGCGGCCCGCUCCUGAGCGUGCCCGGGAUCUCCGCGUGAGGGGCGCGUUUUAGGAAAGCGGCGCGCAGCGCGGUGGCUGGCACUCGCAGCGCUUGGAGCGGUGCGAGGUAGGUGGGUGUGUUACUUCCUCUAGCAAGCUCACAAGAUGCGAGUU